AUGUCUCCUCGCUCAAGAGGCGCCAAACGCGUCGUUAGUGCUCUUGCCUCUCCCAAUUCACUCCAGCACAUCUGUUCUUCCUGCCUUCAGACGCUUUCACGAAGAAGCUACGCAUCAGCAGCCGCCGCUCAAAGUGUCUCCCAAGAUACUGCACCUCCAAUCACUCAGCUUUCUCCCUUGGGCCCCGAAGCCUCCCUUGCACCUCAACCGACAUUCGCAAUAAAAGCCGGCAUUGUGCUCUCGCGACCACCACUAAUAACCCCCGACCCGCACCCCUUCGAAACAGCCUAUUACCUCUAUCAGCGGCGUCUCAAUGAACGGUUGGUACUGCCAUUCACGCAGUAUUUCUACUACCGUCGCAACACGCCUGCAUUCGAGCACUGGAGAAAACACCGUCGCGAACGGGGAGGCACCGCCGCCCGGGAUAUAGGAGCGUACAACGCGUACACGAAAGAGGCGUGGAAUGAUGAGGUCCUCGUGGGCGACGAGACAGGUCGUCCAGAACGGAUUGUCGAAAAACUAAUUGCCGAGGAAGGUAGGCAAGCAGAAUUCACCGGGAGAGGCAAUGCAAAGUACGCAGGGUUACGGAGGACGACAGAAGCGGAUGAGAAAGGUGACUUGAGGAAUUUGGAGAGACGAUUGCAGCGGACACUGUACUUGCUGGUCAAGACUAAGGGGGAUGGGAACGGGGACGAGAAGUGGAAUUGGAAGUUUCCUUCUGGGCCCGUCGUUGGGUAUGAAGGAUUGAAAGAGGCUGCGCAACGAAUUCUCUUCACCUCCCUCGGCCCCAACAUGAACACCUUCUUCGUCGGCAACCAUCCCGUCGGCCACUCCAUUCUGAAAUUCUCCUCUCCACGCCCUUCUCCGUCCUUACCCCAGAGGUACAUUCCCGGACGCGCUGCUCUGCCUCUCUCAGAAUCGACGCCUGCAACAACUGAAAUCUCUUCCACUUCGGAAUCGCAGCCACUCAAACAAGAUCUCGCAGCCACUCAAUCGCUCAUCGACGGCGAAAAGACUUUCUUCAUGAAAGCCCGCAUCAUGGCUGGGCAAGCUGCCCUUCCGAACACCGCCGCUGCGAGCGAGAGCGAGGAAAACAAGACCGAGGAUCUCCCGGCUGGCGUAGCGAAAGGCUCUGCAAGAGAUAAGAAGGGCGUGGUCGUAGCCCCGGACAUGGGCCUCGAAGAAAUUCACGACUUCCGCUGGUUGAGCAAAGACGAGGUGGAGAGCACGGUGCAUCCGGAUUAUUGGCGCAGUGUGCGCAACAUGCUCGUUGCACAGUAG